AUGGACAUUUGCCUGGUUGAGGCUUGUUUCUAUGCCGUUCUGCUCUUGGUUUGCUGUGGGCUCAUGCAGUCUGAGCCCAUCUGUGAUCAGACAGAGUUCUUACACCCUAACGGCACUUGUGUUGCAUGCCCUGCAUGUGUGCCUGGAGAAGAGCUCUCAGAGGACUGUGGUUUUGGAGAUGGUGGGGAAGGCUUCUGUAUUCCAUGUGAAGAAAGAAAGUUCAGUACAGAAACAGGUGUGACUCCCUGCAGAACAUGCACCCAGUGCAGCCUGCUGAACCGCCUUGAGGAGACGGCAUGCUCACCUACCAGUGACAGCCUGUGUGGACACUGCCUCCCGGGGUAUUAUGAACUCAGGAGCAUGACUGGGGAAGUGGAGCUGCUGUGCUUACCUUGUUAUAGUCAUGACACAAUCCAUAAAGAGUGUUUGCUAUUGACAUCAACAGGUUUUAAAGCAGAGAGCACCACCAACUCACCUAAAGAACAUUUCAGAGACCCAGAAGAGAAGAGAGUCAAAGAGGAAACGUUUUCAGUGGUCCUGAUUGUUUCAGCAACAGCUUCCUUGAUUUUCCUUCUUGCUUUGCUGCUUUGGGUUUUACACCUGACUGCUGAAAAAUUCAAGCAAGUUCCUGUAUACGCUUCGAAGCCUGAAGGAAUAUUAUCUGCUGCCGACCUUCAGCACACACCUUUGUUCACCCAUACAGACAGAGCAGCACAGCCACAAGAGGCGAACUCACAGAUAGUUUCAGCUGAAAAUCCAACAAGAGGUCUGUACUCCGUGAGCCAUGAGAAUGGGGUGCAUCCUACUUCUAUUGUGAUUAAUGUCACCACCAACAUCAAGCCUUCCAGUCAGAAUACAGACAGUAUUACACAGGAGGAACAAAGCCUCAUCACACAGGAGAUGGAACGACAAUUGCAGGACAUAUGGGAGAUUGCUGAAGGACAGAGGAUUGAGAUGCUCGACUACGACUCAGUUCAGGACUUGUCUGUCCUGCUUGACUCUGCUGACAACAUCAAAACUCUAAGGAGACUGGCACAGUCUUUGGGUGUUCCACCGCAGAUCAUCCCUCAUAUCCAAGGCUUUCAGGACCUUUUUCAGUACCUGCGGACCUCCACCUACACACUGCUGCCCCAGUUGGCCCAGGCUGCUGCGCUCUUGCCUAAUUCUGAAGUUGUCAAGAGGAUACACAGAGCUGUGGUAAAACAAUAA